UUCACCUGGGGGGGGACUGGGGCUAGCUGACUGCCUGUUCACUUUGCUAGAGCUCACGAGGAGGCCGUACUAUGACUGCCUGUUCAAGACUGAGGGGACAGUGUGCAGUACACCUGUGCAAGACUGGGAAGGGAGAGAAGCUGGUACACCUGUGCAAGACUGAAGGGGAGGAGCCGGUACACCUGUGCAAGACUGAAAGGGAGAAGCCGGUACACCUGUGCAAGACUGAAGGGGAGGAGCCGGUACACCUGUGCAAGACUGAAGGGGAGGAGCAGGUACACCUGUGCAAGACUGAAGGGGAGAAGCCGGUACACCUGUGCAAGACUGAAGGGGAGGAGCCGGUACACCCUGUGCAAGACUGAAGGGGGGAGCUGGUACACCUGUGCAAGACUGAAGGGGAGGAGCCUGUACACCUGUGCAAGACUGAAGGGGAGGAGCCGGUACACCCUGUGCAAGACUGAAGGGGAGGAGACGGUACACCUGUGCAAGACUGAAGGGGAGGAGCCGGUACACCUGUGCAAGACUGAAGGGGAGGGAGAGCCUGUACACCUGUGCAAGACU